UCAGUUCACAUUAAAAUGCUGUCUGCAAUUGUAAUAUUAGCAACUCUAUUAGGUUCAGUGUUCUCUGAAUUGAGUUUCAUUAGUUUUGAAGAUAUUGAAGUGAAAGGAUAUUCCCGAAAUACUGAAAAGUUUAAGAUAAGGAUAAAGGAUGCGGAAAGUAUCUCAGAACAUUUACCAACUGUUGAUAUAGACAAGUUGACUAUCAUCGGACAAAAUCUUUCCAUACUGUACCCAAGAUCAUUGUCCAAUAUGGAAACUUUACGCAUACUUUUGGUUGAUUUCAGUGAUAUAUUUCAUAUUUUUCCCGGUGCGAUACGAAAUGUGCCCAACUUGAAAUUUUUAUCGUUCGGAAACAAUAGGAUAGAACAUAUUCCAAGAGGACUUUUUAAUAACUUGAGAAUUCAAGUGCUGGACUUAAGCAAAAACGCAAUAUACAAAAUUGAUGGUGAUGCUUUUGAUAACAUGCCGGAGUUAGCUAAAAUUGAUCUAAGUUAUAACAUGAUACGGAAAAUUGACAAUAGUUGGUUCAUGAACACACCUAAGUUAGUAUGGCUGGAAUUAAAUCGUAAUUAUAUUGAAGAGAUUCCUGUUAGUGCGUUUAAAAAUAUUGCAAAUAACAGUAAUGAGGAUUAUUUACCAAGUAUAAAUUUGGGUUAUAACAAUAUCAAAAAAAUAUAUCCCGGAGCUUUUAAAGAAUUGUCCCACGUGAAUUUUAUGGAACUUAAUAACAACUUGAUAAAACACAUUGACGAAAAAACAUUCUACCCAUUGCAUAUAAACAUACUGUCUUUAAGGCAUAAUAGAAUUCGCAGCUUAAAAGGAAAACUUAAUAUAAUUUUACCAGCCGAAACCAUAUCUUUGGAAAACAAUCUCUUCAGUUGUCAACACAUGAUGAAGUUGAACGAAUGGGCACGCAAUCAAAAAAUAGGUUGGAAGAGUUUACUUUCUUUAGAAUGUUUAAUGAAUUUUUCAAAGUAGUAUUGUUAGAAUAAUUUAUCUAUAUUAAUACUAAUAAACUAUUAUACUAUUAUUUAA